AGUAAGCAACUUGCAGAACCGUGUGUGAUCUGCGGGGGAGAUCACGGGGAGUUGAAGCAUGAUGGUUAAUACGAGAACAAGCAGAACAAUCCUGAUCAAAGAAUAAUAUCAUGAUCGAUUACAUAGUAUAUAUCAGUCAGUGAAAAUGGGCCAAGACGUGUCCAAGAACGGCCCAAAUGGUUGUAAAAACUAUGGGUUGGGUUCGGCUGUGGUAUGGCCUCCUCCAUUACGAUGCCCUUGUGGACACGUGGAGGGCCACCGUGAAGCCUUGUUUUCUUUAGUGGGACAGAACCCGAAUUAGAGAAUAAGAUUAUGGAUGUCGGCUGCCCAGUAACAAGUCGGCACCUUGACGAACCCAAAGCCACCAAUUACCACUGCUCUGGUCAACCAUAUAAGGAGUCGUCAAUCGUUCCUAUCUUGGAAGCCUCCUUUUUGUCUCUUUCUCGCAUCCUUUUCUCCUCGAGCACGCAUACCCCACUGAAACAAAGUUGGGCACACUCUCAUGGUUGCGGUCGCCUUUAGUUCAACUUGCAAGGCGCCUGAUUUGAAGUUUGAGCUACCUGGAGUUGGAUUGGGCAUCGAUGGGAGAGUCAGGAACGGCUUCCAACUCCUCUUCUCCUUCAGGUUAUGCCCUCGGGCCGCCCUGGUUGUUCAGAGGAAGAGCAUUGUACCAGUUACAUCUUGUUAAAGCAGACAUUGCUCGGGCUCUCAUUCCAAAGGAGCUGAAGCUAGUUGAAGCAUUUGGGUAUCAUCUAAUCUGUGUGACCUAUGUUACACGGUAUACCUUAGGUGGGCUGUUUCUUGCUCACUAUGAAGACAGCCCGGCUGGGGAGUUUAAUGAGCUCGUCGUGAUUCCUGGCAUCGUCUGGAACCCACCUACAUCGUGCGCGUGGGCUUCUAGAGUUCUUGUGAAUAGUCACGAGGCUUGCAGGCAUGGCAGGAAGGAAAUAGGUCUCCCAAGUCAAGUUGCUAUUUUCUCCAAGAGAGACACAGCAGCUUCAGAACAGCCAUUAUAUAAGUGCCGAACAAGUUCUAUUCACUCUAAGCCAAAAGAACAGAGUGAGAUUCAAGUGCUAGAGAUGGAAGAUUCUUCUCAGAUAUUCAUUUGUAACAUCAGUUUACCUUUUGCUGCAGGUGACAAUCGGAUGGGUCCUCAGAUUAGGAUAUCACUUCCAAGCUUUAGUGGCCAGACUAUAUACAAUCCUCGUCUUCUCAAGUAUUCCUGCCAAAUUGACUGCAGGGUAAGAGCAGUGGAGGCUGCGAAGAUAUCAAGGCCAAGGACUACUCAGCUCAACGAAUUUCCUAAUGCCACUGAAGUGAAAAAAAUCAACUUUGAUGACAGAUUAACAACUGAAAAUGAAGAGAGAGAACGAAGCAUUGCAGUUUUACUAUCAAAGCCUAUACUGGCUCUAGAGUUCAGUCUUCUGAAAAUGCAAGUUGAGGCUCCAACAGAUGUCACUACACAAUCUAGAUCUAAGAAGAAUCAAGUGGUAGAUUUAAGAACUUGCUAAGUUAAAUAAUACAGCAAUCUUGAACAGUUGUGUUACCACCCUUUUCAAUAUCCAUUGCAUGGUUUGGGACAUAAUAAUGUGCAUUUUGGAAGAGUUGAUCGUGUGACUACUCUCAAUCCCACAAGUGUAUUGGAAGCCAACCAGGGAAACAGUUGGCUGUAUUGGUUCGAGGAAGUUUGCAACUGGAAAGCUACCAAGUAACUUAAGUUGCAUAGCUAUUUUGUUUCUUACAAGAAUGUCAGCAUAUUCACUAAAAGUGUGCCAAAAGAAUGUUAUACAAUAAUGAUUGGUUUCAACCAUAUUUUAAAGAUGAAAAUGGUGAUCAGCCCUUAGAUACCAUUGUCAUUCAGUAUAAUGGCAGUAUAUGCUUAACUAUAUCUUUGUUUUUUUUCUAUUUUUCCGACAAAGACAACCUUCGCUGUGAUCAA